CCGGACAUUUCACCUGGGCUCCCCGGACCUAAGGGUAAUACGGGGACUAUGCCAAAGUCCUCAUAAAUCAAAGAGCGGAAUUGCAUUCGUUAGUGUCUAAAUAACAUAAAUUCUCUUUUUCUUUGAAAGUCCUCAUUUACCACUUGACCUGAUUUUGAGUGUAUCCCAGUGUAUCAGAACAGCGACGCCACUGCUGGGUUCUAUAUUGCAGUUUCAUACACAUUUCUGAUACACACGGUGCAUUUUGGCGGGCUGUCUUGUGAUUGGCUGGUUUACGCGCGUGGGCGGGGCCAAACGGAAGUCGGCUGGAAGCUCCGCCCACACAUGCCCGGAGCAUGGCCGAGAGACGUCGCUUGUUUAAAACUUAAAUGGACCACACCUGGGAAGCAGCAGCUAGACGUCAUGGACUUACUAGAGGAUUAAAUACAUACAGGCUGUGACACCUGUAAACCGUAAACAUGCAGCGGCGUAGACGCAUUAAUCCAAAGGAUGAUGCAAGAUUUUAUGUUACUGCUGAAAGUGACAAAGUGGGACUUGACAUCAAGUACAUCAAUGCUGUAAAAGGCCGUGGCAUCUUCACCUCUGUUCCAUUUGAAAAGGGAGACUUUCUAUUGGAAUACAGAGGUGAUCUAAUAAGCAAGCAAGAAUGUGAGAGGAGACAGAGAAUUUACCAUGACCUCCUCAAAGUGUUUAUGUUCGAGUUCCAUUUUAAUGGAAAACUGUGGUGCUGACCACUGAGAGCAAGUGCAUCCAUACAGCUGUCAACCACCCAAAUCAGACCAGUCCAGAGCUCGGCCCACUCACCAAGGUUGGAGAGGUAAAUUAAAUCUGAUGUACAACUUAGUGAAGUUAUUUGUG